AAGUACAUAUACACUGUACAAGAUGUAAGCAUGAACACUUUCCAUAUUUAUAGCCUGAUCCCUGAUACCUAAUAUUUAGAGUUAUGUCUGUUGCUGUAUUUCAGAGGGGAAGACAUGUGGAAUCCCACCGUUCCUGUCAGCGAAGAUUGUCUGUACCUGAACGUCUGGGUCCCCAGAAAUAUCCAGAAAGCCAUGAGGAAACUCACAACAAUGGUCUGGAUUCAUGGAGGAGGUUUUACAUCUGGGUCCACCGAUCUUGACGUCUACGACGGAUCCUUCGUCGCGGCCACUCACAACACUAUCGUUGUAUCGAUGAAUUACCGUGUUGGCCCCUUCGGUUUCCUCAACUUGGGGAUUCCUGAGGCAAGUGGGAAUGUAGGUCUCAUGGAUCAAUCAUUGGCUUUGAAAUGGACUUAUGAAAAUAUCGAGACCUUUGGAGGGGACCGCAACAAAAUAACAAUAUUUGGAGAAAGCGCAGGAGGCGCUAGCGUGAGUUACCAUUUGCUGGCUCAACCGUCGUGGGACUAUUUUUCCAACGCCAUUAUGAUGAGUGGCACGGCUUUGUGCACAUGGGCGUUCCAGUCGCCAAGGAAAAGUGUGAAAAAUGCCAAAGCGUACGCAAAAGAAGCCGAAUGUGAUUCGGAAGAUGCAAAGGAAAUCGUGACAUGCCUUCGUCAAAAAACUCCAGAUGAGCUCAUUUCUUUCGCACCAAACAUGUUGUAUUUUAGGCCCACCGUUGAUGGCAGCUUCAUCACCAAAUCUCCAGAGAAAUUACUCAAGUCUCAAGAUUUCAAGCGCUGUAACAUUUUAUUGGGCUUCACGUCAAACGAACAAUCCUAUUUCAUGUCAACAUCAGACAAGAGGUUCGGCCGAACCAAUACCGACGAACCCCCUGUGUCCGUUCCAGAAAUUAGAAACCUAGUUAACAAAGUUACUCUGGCAGACUCCCCGAUAAUAACCAACUCAAGUCUAGCUUACGACCACCUCAUGCAAGUUUAUGUCCACGGCAUUCCCAGAAAGCGACGCGAUUCCAAUUUCAAAGUGCUUGAAGCUAUGGUUGGUGACCACGACUUUAAAUGUCCUAUAAUUCAACUCGCAAGAGCGUAUGCUGCAGAGGAUCUUGGCGUUUUCUUAUAUCGUUUCCAUCACACAUCUUCUACCAGCCCCUGGCCAGAGUGGAUGGGAGUGAUGCACGGAUACGAUGUCGAGUUCGUGUUCGGAAUGCCGUACAAUAGUAGUGGGGGUUUCUCUGCCGAGGAUAAGCGGGUCAGCAAUGUGCUCUUGUCGUACUGGGUAACCUUUGCCAGCACCGGAAAUCCAAACAUGGAAAAGUCGGGGGUCAGAGUGUGGCCCAAAUUUACGGAAUCUGACCAGAAAUAUAAAGUCAUCAAGUCUGGCCAACUGGAAACAAAACAGUAUCCCAGAUUCACACAGUGUUCUUUUUGGACGGAUUUCGUACCUGUGUUAGAAAGUCAUACAGAAUCUACAGCUCUAGCAUUAGCACGUUGUGCAGGGACGCGGACUGGUGUAGCUGUCUUCAGUGUUCUAUUAUCAGUCAUGUUAUCCGCCAUAAUAGCCUCCAGAAAUGGAUGAAAACAUCUUCCGGCGUUUUCACUGGUACCUUGUCCCACCGUUUGAUCAGAUGCGUGCGAAUAAACAGUUGGUUGUAGAGGUGGGAAUGUUAAUCAACGGCUUCAACUGACAAGUCUGUGGAUGUAAAAUUUUGGUACUUAUUAUUUCGACAUAAGUUUUAUGCGCUUUUGCAAGGAAUAAAAUGAAGCUAAAAUACGUAUUACCAAAUCAAACAUUGUCUUGUCUUGGACAGUUAAACCAAUUCAGUACCUCAUGCUUACGUAGUCACUGUACGGUUGUGGUUUGACAGGCCAUUUAUUCUGUGAAAUUCGUUCAAAAUGAUAAAGGUUUUUUGUAAACCAUAGCUUUUAGCUUUAGCCUUUUGUUAAGAUUGGAGGGAAUUAAUGCAAGCAAAAAAUUUUACAAAAAAAGAAAAGAAAGAAAAACACGCAUCGUUUUAUUAGAAAAUACUUUUAGUAGAAUAUUUUACAGCUGGUAUUCCUCAGUUAAAAGCUCAGUGCAUUCUACUAUGGGUUUUUAAAGAACAGUUGUUUAUUGAACUGAAUCAAAGAAAAGAAAUAGAAAUACGUACCAUUUGAGGACAUGGGCUUGUAAAGAACAUUUCUCAUUGAGAUGAAGCAAAGAUUUCACAAACUUUAUACCUGGCAUAAUUUAGAAAAUUUGUAGCACAAACUACUUUCAGUCUUUUGGCCGUAUGUUGUUGGUUUGUUUAUACAUUUAAUCCAUUAUGUAUUAUGGGCGUUUCAGUUAUCAAAAUUGAAGUGGGCCUAGACCUCUUACCUUAAAAUAUCAUUGUCCUAUGUCACAGGCAUUCGUUUAAUAAGAUGUAAAUUUUUGGUGCAUGCUGUGCUGUUUGGUUUGAGCGUUAAUGUCAUAAGGAUGUACUAUUUCCGCCCUCUAACACACCUGGGAAGGUGAUCAUUAGUAACAUGUUUUAAUACAAAAAUUCUGUCAUAA